AUGCUCGCUGGCGGUAGAAUUGAACUCGUGCCAAGAACCGCGUACGCACACGCUACGUGUCCCGCUCCUUGUCCCGCCUCCCUUGCCUUUCAAGUCGGGAAACAUUGACUAUAUGAAAUUGUCUCAUCUGCAGAUGGAAACAAUCCUCGUCGGUACCGUCGAGCCAGAUCGAAUGUUCGCUGUCCGAUUAGGGCAACAGCCAUAUCGAACCAUCCUUUUACACUCCAAAAAUUUCCCUUCAACCAAUUUCCCAAUCUGUCGCGGAGAUGUUCUCAAAGUCAAAGUGAACGCUUAUCGAUGGGUAGAAGCUAUUUUGAGCAAAUGUGGGAGUUUCGAAAACGGGACCUCCUAUUUUCAGGUGUGGAUCCUUUUUUGUAUUAGAGCCUCCAGGAUUUUUUUUUUUAAUUCACAAUUUUCAGGCGGAAGCCAGGCACAUGGAUAACGUGAUAACUACUUGUCACGGUAAGCUAGUAUUUUUUACACGUUUUGAGCUCAACUUUCAGAAAGCAUAAAAAUAACUGACCCGGAUGGAAUCCACACAAACAAAUCUGGAAUUUUCACCGUUUGUUUUAAAGAUCGCAUUGACAAACAAAAUGAUCACCUCACGAUUUUCUAUGCUGUUGAAGUGAGCUUCUUACUUGUAAAUCUUUGGAAAUUAUUUUUUGAAGGUUGGUGCUCGGGGUGAAAUUUUUAGAAAGAAAGUUCCGGUCGUCCAGGUUACUAUUCCUAUUCCAGUAUCAAAUGUAAGGUUACCGACUUUUCUCUUUUUGUGAAUCAUUCCCGAUAUCUUGGACCAUAUUGAGGUGUAAAAAAAACGAGUUGAAAAAUUUUUUGAAGGUCGACGCUGUGGGUGAAAACUUGGAAAAGAAACUGUCGGUCGCCCAGGCUCCUAAUCCAGAUUCAAAUGGAAGCGCAACGAUUUUCUCCCAUUUGGUGAGUCCUUCGUGUCAUUUUGAAACAUUCUGACGUGUCUGCACUCUCUUCUCUCUCACAGCAACGGGAUUGUGACCGAACAUCAGUUGACCUGACCUCGUUGCCAUAUGUAAUAUCAUGUAGGCCGCCAUGAUAGCUGCCUACUUGCGUUUGUCACUCUUGCGAUCAGCACGCUUACCAACUAGCGGUUCCGAGUUACUCUAAAGAUCCAAGAGCAAUGUCGGUUCUACACACAUCUGAAUAACACGUCAUGGUCCGGUGAAGCAGCUAUGAUUUCAUUUGGAGUAGACUGAGAUAGAAAUGACUUCGGCACAGAUAUAGUCAAUGUUUUCCGACUUGAAAGGCGAGGGAAGCGGGCAAAAGGGCGGGACGUGUAGCGUGUGCGUACGCGGCUCUUAGCACGAGUCCAAUUCAAGCGCACCGACUAUUCAAAAAAUCGGUCACCGCUCUUUUUUCAUAUUUUUUACUAAUUUUCAAUGCACACAUAAAAAAACGAUAAAUAACUUUUUUUAAAAUGAUAAAAAUCGAUAAACGAGCUCUCAAAAUGGUCGCUGGCGGUUGAAUUGAACUCGUGCCAAGAACCGCGUACGCACACGCUACGCGUCCCCUGCCCCGCCAUCCUCGCCUUUUAAGUCGGGAAACAUUGACUAUAUAUUCUGUAUGCCAUAACGAAAUUUCACGGAACGACAUUCCGCUGCGCCUCUGCGCACCUUUGCGAACCUUGGCCGCGCUUUUAAUUUUUUUUUUCUUUUAUUAGGGUACUAUACUUUCAUGUGCUCCCACAGAAAUAACAAUCAAUUGAAAGCGUGACUUAGAUUUGAAAGAUGCUUCGCGAACACGCAGCGGAACAGCGGAAUGUCGUUUUGUGAAAUUUCAAGACGUGGCACACAGACUAUAUAAGAUCCUUCCAUGACACGAGUUACUGUGAGAGAAAAGAGAGAACAUACAAUCAAGACAACAUUUCUUAAAAAGGCCUUCAAGAUUGAGUUGGAUUAACUUAUCAUCUCUUACUGCUCAAAUAGCUUCGUUUCGGAUUUCCAGUCCUCUCUGGCGUUGGUUACGGCGGCCGACAAAAACAGGGCCUUCAUGGUUACACUUGAUAAGAAGCCGUAUCGAACUAUCCUGGCUCUCAUCUCCAAAAUCCAUACUCCUUUCGAUUUGGCGCGUGGCCAAAUUAUCGACAUUGAAUACACCAAUGAAGGACAUGUUACCGCUGUCAAAACCCUCAAAAAGACACUUGAAACGGUUGGAAACUCAUUUAAGGUCUUUUAUUACCUGGUUAAAGGUAUAAUGAGGGAAUUUUCAGGUUGAGGCCACCUACAGGAACGGCGUCCUCUAUUCAGAUUACUGUAGGGUUCAUAGUCCUAAUACAUUCUUGAAAGGAUUUUUUAGACUCUUUCGAAAUCGAAGACCCAAAAGGUGUCGGCAAAUUCAAUAAUAAUGUCGUUUUCCGUGCUCUCGACACGAAGGAUGCCAUUCACUCGACGGAAUUUAUUUCAGUUGAUGUAAGUUUGAAAAAAAUAUAGAAUAGAUUCAAUAGUAAAAAGAAAAUUUCCAGCCUGAAAAGGACAAAAAGACAGUUGAUAACUUACCUCAAGGCGUGGUUAGUUCACCUUUCCUUGACUGGUGAAUCGGGAGGUAGAUACAAAUAGGUACGGGGCAGCAAUUCAAGUCAAUCGGCGUAUGGUAAUCGGUGGUCAUUUGUAUGCGACCGGGUACUAUCUCUAUGGUACCUGGAAAGAACCUGUUAGGUAUCUGGAUGCUACCGGGUAGGUACCUGAAAUUCGCGAUUGCCAUUGGCUGGCACAUCGGUCGUUUAUAUACCAUCAGUGUUUUUUACACCUUUCCAAGUCUCCCAGGGUCUUAUUGGAUAAAGCUGACACAAAAAAUAACGACCCGGGUAGCAAUUCCAGACUUUUCGAUAGCAAUCGCAAAUGUCAGGUAGCUACCCGGUAGCAUCCAGAUACCGACCCGGUACUAUCCAGUUACCAUAGAGAUAGUACCCGGUUGCAUACAAGUGUCCACCGGCUACCAUACGCCGAUUGACUUUUUCAAAAGUUGCUAUCAGGUAGCUAUUUGCAUCGACUUCCCGAUUUACCUCUGUUAGCUCAAAUUUUUCUUAUUUUUCCAGGCGAACGAUAAUAGCCGGCUGAACAAUCGUUCCCCAAUAAAUAUUCCCAAGGUGAUUUUGAAAAUUUUAUAGCCUUUUUAUCCUUAAUCCGUGUUAAUAAUAUUCAGGCCGAGGAAGAAGCUCCACCUUCUUACAGCUCCCUUUUUGGAGAAGCAGCAACUCGAAAAGAUCCGAAUCAGGUUAAACUAAAAUUAAGAAAUUUCCGAAAAUGAAAUCCUCUUGGAAAGAAACCUUAACAAACUCGAUUUUUCAGGACCCGCCGGUCCGUAAGCAAGAGAACAAUAAGUUCCAGCCAGCUGUGCCAGUUCGAAAUUAUGCGGGUGCACUCCCAAAGAAAGCACCUUUGGAAAAUCAGGUUAAACUUGAAUUUGAAAAAUUGUCCGCUUAUUGAAAAACCGAGGAACGCCAGAGUAGUCUUUAGUCGGGUUCGUGAUCUCGUGCAGGGACAAAAUAGGGCUCCCUUUUUCUUCCUACGCCUUUGUACCGCUUGAGCGGCGUCGGCACCCCAAGUCAAUUAGCCGCGGUCUUACCCUAAUAUCAGUGAAAAUCAGUGGACUGGCUCUAGUGACGUAUCCGUCCUUCUGUGUGACCGUUGGGCAUUCUUGAAGUCGUGGUUUCCCACUAUAGCUGGUUCACGGCUGGCUUGAGCCAUCGAAAAAAGGGUCUUGACACGAUAAUGCACGAGAUAGUGCCUGGUCGACCGCUAAAAGGGAGAGGCCACAGAAAAGGAGCACGAGACAGCGCCUGGUUCGUCGAGAGCGCAGACAAGACACGCCCUCUUAGCGUCCCAAGCUGGCCGUGAAUCAGCUAUACCAACAUUUCUUAAACUUGCGUCGAGGCGGGGAUCGAACUUGUGACCCUGUGGACCGUCACACAACCUGUUGCGCUACGGCUUGCCCUCUCAGGGAACCACUCUGGCGUUCUUAAAAAUAAGUCACUCAAAACGAAAAACUUUAUGUAGGCCUUAACAAAGGGUUUUCAGGAUCCACCAGCUCGUAACCGUGAAAGGAAUAAUUUCCAGACACCUGUAGUAUCUACUAAAAACGAAUCAGAGAAAGAUCAAUUUCUUGAAGCUAAGGACGCCUUCAAUAACUUAGAUGGAAGAGCUGUUCAAACUAUUAAAAAUUUUGACGCCUAUGCUUAUGAAAGCCUCCGCAAGUUUUUCAACCAAUAA